GAUCAGCCGGAGCCGGAUUCCGGGGGAAUUAUAGAGGAAUGGAUCCGUAGGCACGCAUUUGUACGUGUAAGAUAUCAAGAAUUUUGUUCUCGUGAUUAUAAUUUUUAUACGGAAAAAGAUAAAUUUUCGGCCCACUUCUUUGUUUACCUUUCGCUUAAGUACAGACUCCGUACUUCGAUUCGGUAAAAAAAUGUGAGAAAACUAUUACUAUACGCGCAUUUAACGCAACAGGAUUUAAACAAUUAGCACCGUCUAAGGCGCACUAAAGUACGCAGACGGCUAAUUUGGCUAUAGAAUGGCCGGGAAUUUUUGGCAGAGCUCGCAUCACCAACAGUGGUUGCUGGAUAAACAAGAUUUAAUCAGGGAACGUCAGCAUGAUUUGUCAGUGUUAACAGAAGAGGAAUAUCAGAAAAUAUUCAUUUUCUUUUCCAGUAUGAUACAGAUGAUAGGUGAACAAUUAAAAUUGAGGCAACAAGUGGUAGCUACUGCAACAGUGUAUUUUAAAAGAUUUUACGCUCGCAAUAGCUUAAAAUGCAUAGAUCCUCUAUUAUUAGCCCCUACUACAGUCUUUUUGGCAUCAAAAGUAGAAGAAUUCGGAGUAAUUUCUAAUAGUAGACUUAUAUCAACAAUGGGAAAUGUAAUUAAGAAUAAAUUUAGCUAUGCGUAUUCGCAAGAAUUUCCAUAUCGCACAAAUCACAUCUUGGAGUGCGAGUUCUAUCUUUUGGAACAUUUGGACUGUUGUUUAAUAGUGUAUCAACCGUACCGUCCUUUGUUAACAUUAAUCCAGGAUGUGGGACCAGAUGAUCAGCUACUUAUGCUCGCAUGGCGUAUUAUCAAUGAUAGUCUAAGAACGGACGUGUGUCUGUUAUACCCACCGUAUCAAAUAGCUAUUGGCUGUCUGCAAAUAGCUUGUGUGAUACUACAAAAAGAUCUCAAAUCGUGGUUUGCAGAAUUAAACGCAGAUAUGGAAAAAAUUCAAGAAAUAGCACGUUAUAUAAUAAAUUUGUAUGAAUUAUGGAAAAAGUAUGACGAAAAGAACGAAAUACCAGCUAUACUAGCUAAAAUGCCAAAACCAAAGGCCGCGCCGCAACGUUGACAGGAAGCUCUCGAUUCGCCAAACGUUUGGGAUUCAUGUUAAUGCAGUGAAAUGCUUAAAAUAAAGUCUGUCCUUUUCCUCAAUACUUAUAUAUUACUAUCAGAGAUACAUAGAGUUGACAACGAAUAUCAUUCUGCAUUUAUAUCUACAUAAAAGUUUUAAUCCAUACAGCUAUAUUUUAAAAUAUGUCCAAAUAACAAUAAUAAUGCAACAUUAUUUAAUAUUUCUAUCUUUUAUGUAUUCGAUAUAGUGCAUGAUUGAGAAAUCUAAAUGCUACAGUUGAAUGAUUACAAUUUAAUCCAAAUGUUUACUAUCUGAGUGUAAUGAAUUAUCCAUUUAUAUUUUUCAAUCAAAUGUGUGCGAACUAUUCGAAUCGAAUGAAAUCGGGUAAAAGUCGAUUCGAUUUAAUUCUAUACAAUUUGAAUUUCUAUGAGUCAAAUUCAAAACUUUUGAAUCUAAGAAGUUUGGUGAAAGCAAGAAAAUUUUAAGUCAAUAUGAUAGAUAGCUACAUAUUAAAAUGACUAUGACUGAUGAAUAGUAAAUAUUAUUUUUCGCCUAUAGAUAUUUUUUUAUUUAUAUGUUAAAAUUUAAGUUAUUGUUAAUUAAAAGAUUUCAAUAAUUUGGUUCGAUUUGAUUCGAUGUCAAGUCUUGAUUCGCACAUUUCUAAUUUUUAUCUACCUACACACUUCAUUAUUUGCAUAUAUUACUUUAAUCUCGAUUUAAAACGUAAAGAUGUCUCUAAAAAAAGAUGUUAAUUCGAAACAUCCUAUAUCGAGAUUCUCGUAUUAAAAUUUAAUUUAGGAAUGUGGUGUUAAGACAUUGAAUUGACGGCUGUAUUCUGGUGAGAAAUUUAUUUAUUAUAAUGUAAGAAAUUGUGUAACAAAUUUAGUGUGAUAAAUCGAAUUGACAAAUUUUGAAUAAUUCCUUCCUCAUUGCAUAAAUUUUGUAAUUGGAGUAGGAAUAAAACUAAAUAUC